AUGGAUAAAUUAAAUUAUUCAACUUUAAAGAAAUUAUGUUUAGGUUUAGGAGUUUCAAGAUCAAGUAGUAAUAGGAGAAUGGUUAUAUCAAUUUGUGGUAUAGAUCCAUUAUCUCAUUCAACCAACCCAAAUUCAAGUCCUGUAUUUUAA